AACUAUUGCUCGGCUGUGUUUAUGUUUCAAGAAUGUUUGGCUGUGCUGAGCAACACUUCCUGAAUAAAUAUAAAUAUUGACAUGAAUAAAUACAUGACUUGUCCUGUGGCUGUGUCUAUAUAGGGGUAAUGAAGACACACCCUACGAAGUGAAGCACACCAUGGCCUACCCCAAGAGCAAGGCCAAGGCCGAAAAGAUUGUCCUGGAAGCCAAUGGAACAAAGGUGCGGAAUGGUGAGCGUUUGCGCACGUGCUCUUUGAGGCCGACCGGCAUUUACGGCGAGGGCCACGAGCUCAUCAAAGACUUUUACAAGUUGGCAGUCAAAAGGGGAGGCCUGAUCAUUGGCGGCGUCCCCGACAGCACUGAACACGGGCGAGUCUACGUCGGCAAUGUGGCGUGGAUGCACGCGCUGGCCGCCCGGGCCCUGCGGGAGCAUCCGGAAACUGUGGGCGGCGAGGCCUUCUUCUGCUAUGACGACUCGCCCUACAAGAGCUACGAGGACUUCAACAUGCUCUUCCUGUCCACCUUCAAGUUCCGGCGCGUGCGCAUGCCGAUGCUGCUGCUGUGGUUCCUGGCCAUGCUCAACGACAUGCUACGCUGGAUCUUGACACCCUUCUGCAACUUUGCGCCCCUCUUGAACAGCUACACCCUGGCCGUGGCCAUCACGUCCUUCACCGUGAGCACGGACAAAGCGCUGCGCCACUUCCAGUACCGCCCUCUGUACAACUGGGACCAGUGUCGGGAGCGCACUCAGAGAUGGGUGAAC